AGUCAAAAAUGCCCUUAUACACCUGUGUCCUUUAAAUUCUCGAACUGGAGCACUUUAAACAGCUCUGCAACCAGAACCUCUAGGCCAGAAGCAGCUCAACAGAACAAUCAAGAUGGAAAAAAGACCAUGCAAUUCAUUCUUCAAAUUUCUGACCAUGCAACUCAAUCUUCAAAUUUCUAUCAGCAAACACUAAACUGAACAAUCCCACUAAAGCUCCAAGGUUAGAAACCCUACCUAAACCCGUCAUAUCCAUUUCUGUUUUAUCGAGUUCAUAUAUUUUACCUCUUUUCUAUCCAGGAAUAAAAUUCUAUAACUUUUUUAACAUUUAUAAUCAACUAGCCAUGACCCAUUUAAAUAAACUUCAAACGCUUUCUAUUCUCAAAUGGGUUUCUUCCAAUUCUGUUGAUUGUUACAAAAUCCCAUUUUUGUCAUCUCGGUCUUUUUUCGACCCUGCAAAUAACCCUAGCCUUUAUAGGAAAAAAAGAGUAGUUGAUAAUGAUAAUGUGGAGAAAAAUUUAAUGCAUGAUGGCCAAAUUCGUAGCCAAUUCUCUAAAGCUGCUAGAAAACAAGCUCAGGCUGCACUGUUAGAGUACUUGCGUUUCACUAGAAGCUUGCAGUUUACUCUUGCAGAACAUAUGAGUAAAAAUUCACCAAGUUUUCUUGAAAAAUUAUUGCAAAGGGUUUAUGUUGACGAAGAUGUUGGGUGGUCUGUCCCGCGUUUCUUGCGUUAUCACCCUAUUAAUGAAUUUGAGCCUUUCUUUGAGAGUUUGGGUUUAAGACCUUAUCAGUUUGUGGCUUUUCUUCCACAUGAUUUAAUUUUCUUGAGUGAUGAUGAAUUGCUGCUGGAGAAUUUUCAUACUCUGUGUAAUUAUGGGAUUCCAAUGAAUAAGAUAGGUAGGAUUUUUAAAGAAGCAGGAGAAAUUUUUGGGUAUAAUUAUGGGAUCUUGGAAAUGAAACUUCGAACAUACGAAGAGUUGGGGCUUGACCAGUCUUUGAUGGGUAAAAUAGUUGUUUGUAGCCCCUAUCUUUUAACUGGAGACGUCGACAUAGAUUUUGUGAAGUCUAUGGAGAUAGUGAGGAAAGGGGGAAUUGAGUUCCGUUGGAUUGAGAAGCAUUUGUCUGAGAAGUGUUCUUAUAAUUGGAGCCAGUUGCAUGCUCUUCUAAACUUAUUUAGCAAGACUGGUUACAAUGAGGAACAGUUGUGUGCAAUAAUAAGCCAGCAUCCAGGAAUUAUUUUUGAGGGUUCAGGGAAUAUGACUUUAUCACUAAUUGGGUUUCUAGUUAAAUUUGGAUCCUCAAUAAACCAGAUAUGUUCCAUGUUUUCACAGUUCCCACAAAUGCGAGUUGGGAGAUUUCUUUUGAAUAUGAAGCAAUGCUUUCUUUUCCUAACUGAGAUUAAGUUGGAGAUACUAGAGAUUGGGAAGAUCAUCCGUUCUCACCCACUUAUGCUGGGUUCUUGUACGUUGAAGAAAUCCAGCAGCUUGAUUUCUAUUUUAAAUGCUGGAAAGAAGCGAAUUUGUAAUAUCAUUCUGCAGAACCCUCUAGAAAUGAAGAAUUGGGUAAUAGGAUCUAAAAUUAAUCCGCUGCCAUCAGAGAGGCUAAGGUCCCGAAUCCUGAAGAUUAAGUUCCUAUUGGACUUAGGAUUUGUAAAGAACUCAAUUGAAAUGGAAAAGGCACUCAAGGUCUUCAAAGGCAGUGGAGCAGAGCUCCAUGAAAGAUUUGAUUGCAUCAUGCAAGCUGGCUUGGAUAAGAAGGAUGCUUGUGAAAUUAUCAGACAAGCCCCUCCAAUUCUUAACCAGAAAAAGGAGGUUAUUAAGAUGAAGAUUGAUUUUCUUGUAAAUGAUUUGGGUUAUCCCAUAUCAUCAUUACUCACAUUUCCUACAAUUCUUACCUAUGCAAUCCCGACUGUCAAGCUUAAGUGGGUGAUGUCCAAUUGGCUGAAAGAUCAAGGAAUAGUCGUCCCCAUGUGUUCCUUGAGAUCUCUAUUUAAAAAUUCAGAUAAAGCAUUUAUUAAGAGAUAUGUAAAACUUCAUCCUAAAGGCUUCGAAUUUUGGCAGAAUCUGAAGGAAAAAAAGUGAUACUGAAUAAAAGCUUGGUGCAUAUAAUAUGUAAUUUCAUUGGUUUAGGCUCUCUGAUGUUUAAUAUCUAUAGAUCUUUGAUUGUGUUACUUUUACAAGCUGGAAAAUUGUUGAUAACUUUUCUUUAUUGUAUUUGCUGAAGGCAAUUUUGCUAUAGCUGGCUAGCAGGAAAGAGAAUUUUGAAGAAAGGCAGGAUAUAACCAGGUAACGUUGGUUUGCUUCGGCUAUUUCUCUUGUUUUCUGAAUUGUUUAAGCCUUUGGGCUCACUGGGUAAUGAACCUGUCAAUUUUGUUGUCAGCAAUUUAUAUUGAGAAUUGUUUAACAAUAAUGGCAUCAGUCUCCAUGUUUUUUAUAAAAGAAAGUGAUUUCCAGGUAUCAUUCAGCCAGCUUAAAUAUCCUAAAAUACCCUAGAAUAAUUCUCUCUCAUCGUAUAGAAGUUUUUCCAAAUUAAUCUUGUUAAAAGGCAUUAACUGCAUUUUGUAAUGGAAAAUUAUGUUAAAUGGACAGAAGGUGCUUUACCGCAGCACUAAGGCAUCAUAACAAUGAAAAUGUUUGGACAAAUGAUGCCAAUGAUUUACUUAUCUAGUUGUAGAUAACCUGCUAUAUCAAUGUUCUAAUUGACAUCAAUCUUUGUAGCUUUCUACUCUGGUAAAUGUGCUCAAAACUAACAAUUAUUUCAAAUUGAAAGAGCAUGUUGAUGUAGGCUUACUCUUCAUUGCUGGAUGAAAUGAUUAAAGCUGACUUGUGCAUUUUUUAGAAUCCAAUGUUUCAGAAGAGGAUAUCGAACUUGGUCUUGAGACAGAAAUAUCUACUGCACUUCUCUGAUUCAGGAACUAACAUUUGCUUAAAAUUAUAAGCCAAGUUAUGUGAUCGGCUGGCUAUCAUCAGCUUCUAUCCUCUUGCUAAGCAAGUGUUCAAGACUUGCAAUUGAUAACAACCAUAAUCAAACUUGCUGAUACAAAGCUGAAUUGUUGAUACGAAGUUAUCUUCAUCCAUGAUUAAAGCGCCUUUAGUGAUGCAGCUUGAUAGUUGAUAAGCCCUGCCAGGCACUACCGUUAUUGUGGUCGAAGAAUGGCUGGCAUCGUAGAUCGUACCCCACUUCUGUCCAAGUUUUGCUUGGAACCGGCUCCAUGUCAAUCAAAUAAAAGCUCAAAUAUCAUACACGCACCUGUUGGAAUGGAGGAUCCUUAGGUCAGCUUCCUUCAAUUACCUUGUUCUGUCAAAUAGUAUCUCAGUGACAUUCAAGCUUGCGUGUUAUUUCUUCAACUUUUGUCUUGUCUUCCAGUUGUAGGUGUAGUUUUGCAUCAUGAAAUAUAAAUUUUGUAUAGCCUGAGGAGUGCAACGAAUGCUUGAAAUGGAAUAGUAAGAUACUAACAUUCUAAUACCUGAUUUCGGGUUAAUUGCCUGGAAGGUUAAAAAACUUUGUAUUUUGUAUUAAAUGGGUAAUUUAUUUUUAAUUUGUAUCAUUUGAUAACAUUAAUAUUAUUUUUAUUUUAUGUCAAA